AUGGGUCUUAAUAGAUCACCUAUUACAGUGAUCUUGGUCGUCUUCACGGUGUUCACUGUAAUACUUGCCUCCGACAUGUCUAUCAUCUCCUACGACGAAACCCACGCAGACAAGUCUUCCUGGAGAACUGAAGAGGAGGUGAUGAGCCUAUACGAGGAGUGGCGCGUGAGACAUGGAAAGGUGAGUAUCAACAACCUGGGAGAAAAGGAAAAGAGAUUCGGAAUCUUCAAAGACAACCUUAGGUUCAUCGACGAACACAAUGCUGAGAACCGGACAUAUAAGGUUGGGUUGAACCGGUUCGCUGAUCUUAGCAACCAAGAGUACCAGUCCAUAUAUCUUGGAAUUAGGACCGACUCAAAUCGGUUGGAAAAGGCUGUGACGAAGAGCAACCGUUAUGCUGCAAGUGUUGGUGAUAACUUGCCUGAAUCUGUUGAUUGGAGGAAACAAGGUGCAGUGACCCAAGUCAAAGACCAAGGAAGUUGUGGUAGCUGCUGGGCCUUUUCAGCCAUAGCUGCUGUGGAAGGGAUUAACAAGAUAGUAACAGACGAGCUUGUUUCACUAUCAGAACAAGAACUGAUUGAUUGUGACAGAACAAUUAACGCAGGAUGCGAUGGUGGCCUCAUGGACUAUGCCUUUGAGUUCAUCAUAAACAAUGGUGGUAUUGACACCGAUAAGGAUUAUCCCUAUCGUGCUGUUGAUGGUAAAUGUGAUCAAAACAAGAAAAAUGCUAGAGCUGUUACCAUUGAUGACUACGAACAGGUUCCUGCUAAUGAUGAGUUAGCCUUGAAAAAAGCUGUUGCAAAUCAACCAAUCAGUGUUGCCAUUGAAGCAGGUGGUAGGGAAUUCCAGUUAUAUGUAUCGGGUAUAUUUACGGGAAGAUGUGGGACAUCAUUAGACCAUGGUGUUACUGCUGUUGGAUAUGGAACAGAAAAUGGAGUUGAUUAUUGGAUCGUAAAGAAUUCAUGGGGAAAGAGUUGGGGAGAGGCAGGUUACGUGAAAAUGGAGCGUAAUCUAGCGACCAGCGUGUCAGGAAAAUGUGGAAUUGCAAUGCAGUCUUCCUAUCCUAUAAAGAAGGGCCAAAAUCCUCCAAAUCCUGGCCCAUCCCCUCCUUCACCUGUGAACCCUCCAACGGUUUGUAGUAGAUCCUACCGUUGUGCUUCGGGCACUACUUGCUGUUGUACAUUUGGAUUUGGAAAACUAUGCUUCUCAUGGGGAUGUUGUCCUCUUGAAGCUGCAGUCUGUUGUAAAGACCGAUCAAGUUGUUGUCCUCAUGACUAUCCCGUUUGCAACACUCGCCAAGGAACCUGUCUUAGGAGUAAGGAUAAUCCAUUUGGAGUGAAGGCAAUGAAGAGAACUUUGGCUAAACCGCAUGGGACGUUUGAAGAUUAA